UGCUGUUCCCGCUGCCCUAGCCUGCCCUGCACUCAGGAUCAGGCCCUGGCUCCUCCUCCAGCCGCCCCGUGACGGUCCCAGGGGUGACACUACCUGCCCAACCUGCGCUGCGACACCCAGUCCCACCCCUUGAGUCAACCGGCCGCGCUGUCGCCAGCUCGGCCUCUGUCGCCGCCGCUGUCCCAGACCCUCCGCACUCCCCUGGAUCCCUUCUCUGCCGCUCGGUCCCCGACAGACGGGAACCUUCGGUGGCUCCGUCUCCUCCCUCGGCGGCUCCGGGAGCCCGGCCCGCCCCGCCGUCCGCUCGAGGCUUGGCAGCGGCAAGGAGGAAACGCAGGGCGGCCCUGCCAGGGCAGGCGGCAGCCGGGGCGACAUGGGCAGCUCCGAAGAGGACUAUAACUUUGUCUUCAAGGUUGUCCUGAUCGGGGAGUCUGGGGUGGGAAAAACAAACCUCCUCUCUCGUUUUACCCGCAACGAGUUCAACCACGACAGCCGCACCACCAUCGGCGUGGAGUUCUCCACGCGCACGAUCCUGGUGGGAAACGCCGUGGUGAAGGCUCAGAUCUGGGACACUGCUGGCCUGGAGCGGUACCGCGCCAUCACCUCAGCGUAUUACCGGGGGGCUGUGGGUGCCCUGGUUGUGUUUGAUAUCACCAAGCACCAGACAUAUGAUGUGGUGGAGCGCUGGCUGAAGGAGCUGUACGACCAUGCUGAGGCCAGCAUCGUUGUCAUGCUGGUGGGGAACAAGACUGACCUCGCACAGGCUCGAGAGGUGCCCAUGGAAGAGGCAAAAAUGUUUGCAGAUAACAAUGGGCUGCUGUUUGUUGAGACCUCAGCGCUGGACUCCACCAAUGUUGAGGAAGCAUUCGAGACCAUCCUGAAGGAAAUCUUCUACAAAGUGCAGAAGCAGAGGAGCAGCCAAACCAACACGGUGUCACUUGCCAGCGAGAACCCUGCAAGCACGGCCGCAGCACAGGCAGAGCGGCGCCCGUGCUGCGUGGCCCUCUGAGCCAGCUGGGCACCCCAGGAAAUCCCUGGGGAACCCCACAGCCCCAGGAUACACCAGUGACCACCAGCACAGGCUGAUGUCACCCUGCCUGCACUGCCACCCCUGUCCUGGUGCAGUGGGGACCAGCAGCCUGGACAGGGGACAAAUUCUGCCAUAAACAGUGAAAAGCACCAUUUCCAGGAGCUCUUCUCUGUUUCAUUUUUGCUGGGCCCUGAUUAGCAUCACCACUGUCACAUACUGUAUCAGCCCUUCUGGACCUGCAGGGCUAAAGGACCAGGACACCCCGAGGCUCCUCUGGGGAAGAAGCCAGGAGGUUCUGGGCAGGAUCAUGCCAGCAACAGGAGCCUCUCUGAUUACCUCUGGCCCUGGGGUUGCUCCUGUCGUGUCACCCUGUGCCAUGCACUGAGGAUGUGAUUGACCAACAGGUGUCUGUCCCACCAGAGACUGCUCUAGAGUUGAGCCAAGCCCUAGAGCGUGAAGUGGCAGCACUCAGCCCUUGGCUGUCUCGUCCCUAGACAUCUGUCCCAUCCCUAGACAUGGGGAAUGCGUGGCAGCAGGACCCAGCAAAGGUGCCUGCUGUCUGCAUGGUGGGACAGGGCUCAGUGCCAGGGGGCCGGGAGCAGCUCUGUGUCC